AUGGCUGAAUAUGAAGCUUGCAUCUAUGGUAUUGAAGUUGUUAUUGAUUUGAGAAUCAAGUAUCUUGAAGUAAAUGGGGAUUCUGCUCUGGUCAUCAACCAAAUCAAUGAAGAUUGGGAGACUCGUUACCUAAAUUUGAUUCCAUACUUUGAGGAGAUUACGUUUUAUCAUAUUCCAAGAGAAAAGAAUCAUUUAGCAUACGCACUGGCCACUCUGGCAUUUGUGUUCAAAGUUAAAUGGGUAAUUGAGGCCCCUUCUAUCAGCAUUAUGAGGUUGGAUGAGCCAGCUUUGUACUAUACUAAAGAUGAAGCUCGGGAUGAUAAACCAUGGUUUUAUCAUAUCAAGAGAUACCUUGAGAAACAGGAAUACCCGGAGGAUACGUCCAUCCCUGAAUGGAAAACACUAAGGAAGUUGUCUGCCAGGUUUUUCUUAAGUGGAGAUGUGUUGUAUAAGAUCAUGAUUUUGUCCUGCUCAUAUGCGUGGAUAGACAUGAAGCAUACAUAA